AUGGCCGACUUCUGUUGAUAUUUUGGAAAGUGUUACCCAAAUUUGCCUUUUGUGUUGAAUCUAAAGUGCAUCUCCCUUGGAAUUGUUGUGAUUCUGUUACAAUGGAUACCGGUUCUGUUAAUGGCAUGGAUGACAGCCUCAGGAGACUCGCCAGUUUCCAGGAGUACCCGCUACCAGAGCCGGGCAGGAGGAACAACGCGUCUUUGUUGACAUACAAUUCCCCCAUGAAGUUGUCAAAAGCUGGGUUUUAUCGCCACCCUGGGGCCCUGGGGGACGAGGUGAAGUGUUUCCAGUGUUCUGUGUCGUUCCGGGGAUGGUCAGGCGAGUCGCCGAUGGCCGUGCACCGUGUCCUUAGUCCGGACUGUGCCUUCUUAGCGAGACACACGCCGGCACUUUUGACAGCUCGGAGACCCGGGAGAACCCGACCAGGUGACCCCCGUAACGUCCGACGACGUUUGCAGAUGAGCACACCGACGUCGACGGAGGACACACCAAGUGACACAGUCUCUGGUACCCAGGAACAGAGCGUGCUGGCUGUGUACGACAGAUAUAAUACUCCCAGAACGCCCGAGCAUUCGGAUACUGAAAAUCAGGUCAAUGUGGGUGAUGAACGAAUUGGGUCGAUGUUGUUUGAGAGUCACCGACUCCUCACCUUCCCCAGCCCUACCCACCCACGGGCUGAGGUGUGGGCGGGGUCGGGGUUUGUGUACCAGGGGGAGGGGGCCGUGGUCAGGUGUGUGUUCUGUGGGCUGGAGAUGUUGUAUGAUGUAGAUGAACCUGUCAAGAGACACCAGGAGAUGUCGAAGAAUUGUCCUGUUGUCAAAUACCUGGAUAUUGGAAAUAUACCAAGAGACUUGGAAAACAAGAUCAGAUCACAACAUCUAGGACAAUCUUGUGACAACCUCUUUGUGAGUGGUGAUCCUAUGUUUAAACACCCUCAGUUUGAGGAAAUGCAGGACAGACUAGAGACAUUUAAAUAUUGGCCUGCACAAGUCAGACAAACAGCUGAUCAGCUUUGCCAAGCAGGGUUUUAUUUCACAGGGUACACAGACAAGGUUGUGUGUUUUGCCUGUGGGUGUGGCCUGCAUCACUGGAAGCCCGAGGCCGACCCCUGGGUGCAGCAUGCCAGACACGCCCCUCACUGCGUCUUUGUGAAGCAGCACAAGGGAGAUAACUUUACUUUGGAAGCUCAGGAGGCUGAGGCUCUGACAGAGAGCGACACAGCUGAAGACCAGUGCGGCACCCCUGGCAGCCCAGCCACGCCCUCCCCACUUCGCCCGAGUCUGAACAUGGCGGCCAUCAAGGCAGCCUUGGCAUGUCAGUAUGAUGUACAGCAAAUCCGACAAGCUGUUCUCAAAUUCUUUAUCUUGUCCCGUGGGUUCUACCCUAACGAGGCGCUGCUCAAAGGCACUCUGCGAGCCUCCGACGCAAACUUCUCCCAGCUGCAGAGGCUGAUGGAGUCAACCCACACCAAUGCCCUGAGUCUCAUCAGACAGAGCGAGGAGAUCCAGCAGAAGGACCAGCUGCUGGUGAGGAAGGAUGAGGAGAUGGAGCGCACCCAUGAGGAGUACCACACAGAGCUGAGUCGGGAGCAGGCACAGCGGCGGUGUGAGAUGCAGGCACUGACUGCCAGACUGCAGGCACAGGCCCAGGUCAUCCAGAGACAGGGACAGGUGGUGCAGGACAAGGACCACCAGCUGCAGGACAAGGACCACCAGCUGGGACACAAGGACAACAUCAUCGGGAGUCAGGGAGAGGAGCUGGACAGGAAACAGAGGGAGCUGAACAGUCUGGCUGUGGAAAUGAGGAGGCAGGCCGAGGAGAACAGGCGGAAGGACGAGGAGAUGAGGAGACAGGCGGAGGAGCUGGAGAGACUGAGGCAGCUCCUGCAAGCUAACAACAUACAGAACAACGACCCUGUCAACAAUGCUGCUGCUGCUGCUGCUGUCCCCGCCCCGGCUGUCCCCGCUGACCCCGCCUACGCCCGGUGUAAGGUGUGUCUGGAGGAGGAGGCCCAGUGUCUGUUCCGCCCGUGUCGACACGUGUGCUGUGGCACUCAGUGUGCCCCCCACUUCAUCGGGAAGACAUGCCCCAUCUGUCGGAACAGUGUGCGUGACUGGGAGGUCAUCUAUGUGGCGUAGACACUCACCUCAGCCCCAUCUGUCGGAGCAGUGUGCGUGACUGGGAGGUCAUCUAUGUGGCGUAGACACACACCUCAGCCCAAUCUGUCGGAGCAGUGUGCAUGACUGGGAGGUCAUCUUUGUUGCGUAGACUCAUAUGCUUAGUGGCAGCUGUUAGCUGUCUGUUUUAUCCUUGUGUACAUUUUGUUGUUUCUAUUGUCUGUCAUUGUUUGAGUCUAGAAGAGCCUCAGCAUGCUCCAAAUUCAACAGAAAAACAUGCCCCAUCUGUCGGAAGAGUGUGCGCGACUGGGAGAUCAUCUAUUUGGUGAAGACACACAUCUCAGCCCCAUCUGUCGGAAGAGUGUGCGCGACUGGGAGAUCAUCUAUUUGGUGAAGACACACACCUCCGUCUCAUAAGCUUAGUGGCAGCUACUAGGUGUCUGUUUUGUCAAUACCGGUAUGUACAUUUUGUCAUGUCUAUUGUCUAUCUAUUUUUCAAGUCCACGGGAGAAACAAUGUGUUCCUCACUUCAUUGGGAAAACCACUACCCCAUCUGUCAUCUAUGGGGUGUAGAUUGUAAACCUCACAUCUUGCUCCACACCA